AUGGAAGGAGGCGGCGAAGCCCCGAGCCCGGCGACGGAGAUGUUCUCACUGGCCGGGCUCGGGGCCGCCCUGAGGGCCGUUCCGGAGGCCGUUCCCGAGCCCGCCUCGCUGGGCUACUUGCAGCUCCCCUGGCAGAGGGAGCGCCGCCUGUGCAAGAUGCCGAGCCGCCGCCGCAGGGCCGCCCGGCUGCACCGCAAGGUGGGGCCUGUGGGCAAGGAGAUCCACGCUUUGAAACGGUUGAGAGAAGCUGCCAAUGCUAAUGAUUUAGAAACAGUGCAGCAGCUUCUAGAUGAUGGGGCCGACCCUUGUGCUGCUGAUGACAAAGGCCGAACAGCGUUGCACUUUGCUUCCUGCAACGGCAAUGACCACAUUGUGCAGUUGCUUUUGGACCAUGGAGCUGACCCAAACCAGCGAGACGGUCUAGGAAACACUCCGCUUCAUUUGGCUGCCUGCACAAAUCAUGUUCCUGUCAUCACCACACUGCUCCGUGGAGGCGCUCGGGUAGAUGCCUUGGACAGAGCUGGAAGGACCCCGCUGCACCUGGCCAAGUCAAAGCUAAACAUCUUGCAGGAAGGCCUUUCACAGAGCCUCGAAGUGGUUCGUCUGGAAGUAAAGCAGAUAAUCCAGAUGUUGCGGGAAUACCUUGAACGUCUCGGUCGUCAUGAGCAGCGGGAACAAUUGGAUGAUCUUUGCACCAGGCUACAGAUGACCAGCACAAAAGAACAGGUGGAUGAGGUUACUGACCUCCUGGCCAGCUUCACCUCCCUCAGCUUGCAGAAGCAGAAGAUAGAGAAGAGGUAACGGGCUUUCUCACCGCUCUCUUGACUGAAAGGAGCAGCAGGAGCUCAGCUGUCAGACUGCAGCCCUGCUGCCGGAACCAAGCAUGUUUUCCCUCUUGGCUCUGUGCUGAGCCUGGACUGGAUGGCAAGGUGCUGUCACUGCCUUGGAUGCUUCCUCUGGGGCAAGAGGACCUGGCCUUGAGAAGAAGGGCCCGAACUUCUCACUCUCCUGCUUUCACAAGUGGGGUCAUCUUGUG